AAGAAGAUGGCCCUCCUUGUAGCUCUGGGGCUCUUCAUAGUGGGAAUCUGCCUUGUUGUUCUCUGUCUAACAUAUGGUACAUUGGGAAGGGACAUCGAAGUCCAUGAAGACCAAAACAAUGGGACAAAAAUGGACAGUUUAAAACUGGCCUCCAUCAACACUGACUUUGCCUUCAGCCUCUACAAGGAGCUGGCUUUGAAGAAUCCAAAUAAAAAUAUUCUCUUCUCCCCAUUCAGCAUCUCAGCUGCCUUGGCCAUCCUAUCUCUAGGAGCCAGCAGCAACACCCUGGAAGAGAUUCUAGGAGGUCUCAAGUUCAAUCUCACAGAGACCCCUGAGGCAGACAUCCACAGGGGCUUUGGGCACCUCCUCCACAUGCUCAGCCAGCCAGGAGACCAGGUAAAUAUCAGCAUAGGCAGCAUGAUAUUUGUUGACAAGCACCUGCAGAUCCUGACAGAGUUCAAGGAGAAGGCAAGGGCACUGUACCAGUCUGAGGCCUCCAUGACUGACUUCCAGCAGCCUGAUGAGGCCAAAAAGCUCAUCAAUGACUAUGUGAGGAAACAGACCCAGGGGAAGAUCAAAGAACUGAUGUCAGAACUGGAUGCGAGGACAGUAAUGGUGCUGGUGAACUACAUCUACUUUAAAGGAAAAUGGAAGAUGCCCUUUGACCCUGAAGAUACUUUUGAGGCCAAGUUCCACUUGGGCAAUAGCAGGUCUGUGAAGGUGCCCAUGAUGAACAUUGAGGAUCUGACCACACCCUACUUCCGGGAUGAGGACCUGUCCUGCUCUGUGGUGGAGCUGAAGUACACAAGCAAUGCCAGUGCCCUGUUCAUCCUCCCUGAUGAGGGCAGGAUGCAGCAGGUGGAAGCCAGCUUGCAACCAGAGACCCUGAAGAAGUGGAAGGACUCUCUGAGGCCCAGGAAGAUCGACCAGCUCUACGUGCCCAAGUUCUCCAUCUCCACUGACUACAGCCUGGAGAAAAUCCUUCCACAGCUGGGCAUCAGGGAAGUCUUCUCCGAAGAGGCUGACCUGUCUAGGAUCACAGGAACUAAGGACCUCAGAGUCUCUCAGGUGGUCCACAAGGCUGUGCUGGAUGUGGCUGAGACAGGCACAGAAGCAGCUGCUGCCACAGGACUCAAAGUGGUUCCCUUCAGUGCAAAACAUAUAUCAAUGACAGUCCGUUUCAACAGGCCAUUCCUGAUGAUUAUCUUUGACACAAAUACUCAGACUCCACUCUUUUUGGCCAAGAUCACAAACCCUAAAAGAGGCUAGAACUUCCCAAGUGGUGAGCCUUCUUCCUCGGAGCCAGGAAUUGAGCCUGUAUGUGGAUCUCUAUGUGCAGUUUGGCCUCAAUGCUCUAAAUAGGUGCGCCAUGCCUGGAUUGGACAGUGACAGUGACUAACUAUGACUCAAACAUACACAGGGCCCUUGGACAGUCAGUGUCAGGCUCCCAAUCCUCCUGGCUACACUAACUCAUGUUUCUGAACCUGAACUCUGUCUUUGUGUUCCUCCCUGCUGCCUCUCCUGUAUUUGCCUCUACACAAAAGCCUGGGCCCUGGCAGAAGGCUCUGUCCCUAUCUAGGCUCUGGUUAUGUCUGCCUUCAUCUUCGACAGGCUUGAUGGGACUAACCAAACCUAUAGGUCAACUAUGUGAACCUCACCCUAGCAUUGAGAAGGAAACCUGCCGCCCUGAGUCUAUUCCUGGCACCUGGUAUCACACUGUGCCCAGUUCCUGUCUCACACUUUCCCUCUUCCAGGCUCUGCCACCCACUGUCCCUUGCAGGGGCUCCUCACCCUGCCACAUCUGGCACAGUGUUGGAUCCCUCAUUCCUGCAGCUCAUGGAGUCGGUUGGUCAGACCAGCUCCUUUCCCCCCAGUACACCAACCUAGGGCAGAGGAGUCUUUUUCUUGGUUCCCAGCUGACCAUCCUCACACAACAGAUGGACACGUCCACCUUCCUUACCCAAAAUGCAGUGCUUCGAGCAAAGCAUCAAUAAAUGUAUAAC